CUUAUCGGCCUUGAAAAGGUAAGAAAUGACUAAUAGCUAAAAACGAUUUACUAUCGGCGUCAUCUCUUCAUUGUUAGUACAAUUAAAAGGAAUGCUAAGCGUUUUAUUAUAAGCGUUUUAUUAUAAGCGAAGACUAAAAAUAUAGACCAUUGAGUAGAGAAAAAAUAUUGACGUAAUUACAAGAUCAGAAUUAUGGAAGCUGAAUCGAAUGAAAAUAAAGUAUCAAAACCAAAUACUUGGCCAUACAUGAAUAUGUCUUCAUUAUUUACAUCGUUCUUUAUAAAGUUAACAACUGCUGGUAUUAUAUGGGGUUGCGGAUAUAUGAAUAUAAAUUUAGCAUGGUUGCUUUGUCCUAUUAUGGUUUUUGUAUGGAAAUCAGAACGACAGAAAGAUCAACAGCUAAGAGCAAUUACUGCACAAGCUAGUAUAUUGGCUAAUGAAAAAGAAUUAAUUGGAAAAAGAAUGGAUGAAUUACCAUCCUGGGUUUAUUUCCCUGAUUUUGAUAGAGCUGAAUGGCUAAAUAGAAUAUUGUAUAAGGUUUGGCCAAGUAUUAAUCAGUAUGCUCGUGAACUUUGUAAGCAAACAAUAGAGCCAUCUAUUGUCCAAAAGCUAGCCGAUUAUAAGAUAAAGGGGUUUCAAUUUGAAAGAUUAGUCUUAGGUCGAAUUCCUCUCAAAAUCUAUGGAAUAAAAGUAUAUGAUAAAAAUACUUCAAGAAAUGAAAUCAUCUUGGAUGCAGAUGUGAUGUAUGCUGGAGAUUGUGAUAUUACAUUUUCUGUUGGGAAUAUAAAAGGUGGUAUCAAAAAUUUUCAACUUCGAGGUCUAAUGCGUGUUGUCAUGAAACCAAUAAUAUCAGUCAUACCAAUAAUUGGAGGAGUACAGGUCUUCUUUUUAAAUGUACCAGCAAUCAAUUUUAAUCUAGUGGGAGUAGCUGAUGUACUUGAUCUUCCUGGUUUUAGUGAGACUUUAAGAAAAACAAUUAUAGAACAAAUAGCUGCAAUUGUGGUGUUGCCAAAUAAAAUUGUCAUACCUUUGAGCGAACAAAUACCAGUAGAAACAUUGAAGAUUCCUGAACCUGAGGGUAUUCUGAGAAUUCAUGUUAUUGAAGCAAAACAUCUUAUGAAGAAAGAUAUUGGUAUGUUGGGUAAAGGCAAAUCUGAUCCAUAUGCUAUUAUAAAUGUUGGAGCUCAACAAUUUAGGACCAAAACAAUCGACAAUACCGUUAAUCCACAAUGGGACUUUUGGUGUGAGUUUAUAGUGGAAGAGGGUUUGGGAGCUUACAACACCGUGGUUACCCAGCUCUUUGACAAAGACAACACUGGUCAGGAUGACCCACUUGGCAGGGCUACCAUAGAAGUUAAUCGUGUUAAAAAGAAGGGAAUUCUAGACACGUGGGUAUCAUUGGAACAAGCAAAACAUGGUAUGAUUCAUCUACGAUUGACAUGGCUUCAACUUUCUAAAAAUAUAGCUGAUUUGCAAGCUGCAUUAGUAGAAACUCAAGAACUUCGUGUAACAUCAAUGAGCACGGCCGUUCUUAUAAUCUAUAUAGAUUCAGCAAAAAAUUUACCUUAUGUCCGAGGGAAUAAACAACCCGACGUGUAUCUUGAAGCAAGUGUCGGUGGUCAAAUCCAACGAACGAAUACCAUAUUAAGAUCAUGUGAUCCAGUAUGGGAACAAGGAUUUACUUUUCUAGUCAGCAAUCCAGAGUCUAGCAUAAUGCAUAUUAAGAUAAUCGAUGAGAAGACUAUUAUGAUAAUUGGAGAAAUGUCUUAUAAGAUUUCUUUACUUAUUGAGAAAGAUAAUCUUGAGGUUGGUCAACAACCAUACGAUUUACAAAUGGCAGAAACAGAUAGUAAACUCGUCUUAUCCAUGUCAUUAAGUAUCCUCAAAUACGAACAACCAGAAUCUACGUCAGAAGAAGAUGAAGAUGAUCAAAAUGUUAAUGAAUUCAAUAAAAAAAUUAAUCGUCAAGAAUCUAAUGUCAGUAACAUUAUUUCAACGAGUGUACCGCCUAGUCCUCUUAAAAAACAAUCUUCAAAGGAAUCAAUCAACAGUUUACCUCUUAAUACCGAAUCUACGUCAACAGGACCAAUCGAAGAAAUAAUUUCACAACCAGAAGAAGAAAAUGUUAUCUCUAAUAACACACCUUCACUUUCUUAUUCACCAUCCGUAGGACUUAUUCAUAGAACUCCAAGUACUACAUCCUCUGCCGGGGAAUCGAAAUUAGGAAGAAUACAAUUAACGUUACGAUAUAGUAUUCAAAGGCAAAAACUUAUUAUUGAUAUUCACAGAAUUGCCCAUCUGCCACUUCCACAAAAUGAUCCCACUAACAUACCAGAUCCGUAUGUAAAACUAUAUCUUCUUCCGGAUAAGCACAAAGAAACAAAGCGUAAAACUGCUAUAAUUAAAGACAAUUGCAAUCCAAUAUUUGAUGAGAAGUUCGAAUACGUCGUAUCACAAGCAGAUUUAAAUACACGCGUCUUAGAAAUUUCUGUUUGCACACAGAAAGGUUGGCUUUCUACUGGUAGCAAUGUUAUGGGACAACUUCAUUUAAAUUUAAGCGAGAUCGAUGUUACUAAAACAGUAACUACUUGGUACGAUUUACAGCCAGAGAUAAAAGAUUAA